AUGUCCGAUUAUCGAAAGGAGGCCGACAGGCUGCGAAUGCUGCGACAGACGCAGCAGCAGGGAAGCCCUAGCUUACAGCUUCCCACCAGGGGACCGAUUCAGGCCGAGUAUCAUCGUCCGGCAGCAAACGUGCACGCGCUGGUGCAGCGACACUACUUUCCCGAGGAAGGCUUAGUUCUUGAUGGCGUUGGGGAGCCUGCGAAUGCGGAUGUCGCGGACGCCGCGGAUGUCGCAGACCGGCUCUCAAAGUACCAAAACCUUUGUCAGCGACGCGCAGCAGAGACCAGCAAGGCAAUACAAGCCGAAAAAGACGCGAAAAUGAAGCUGGCUUUGUCAACGCGUGAAAGGUUACAGAACGCGAAGGCGUUCGGGCUGCGGGUUGCGUUAGGCAACCUGAAGGCUUCACCUCGGAACCCUACCAAGGGCAAGGGUCUCUGCCAGCGUAGCAGCUCGUCAGCGGCUCGCAACGUACAGCGCUGCGCACAUGACCGCGGCAAUGGCCGGCUUCAAAAUAACCGAGCUGCCACGCGUCCCGAACCCAGCACCUGUGAACGCAGCGGGCAGCAGCUCAACCAGCUUCAAGGCCAGGCAACCAAUCUAAACCGUGUGGCCAAGGCGUACAAAGGCAGACCUUUGCCGCUUGUCGUCUCCGUCGAUGACGAGCCCGGGAUGGCGCGCAUCGCACAGAAGGUUUCGGAGCUGAGGGAAAAGCUGGAGCUUCCGCGGCUCUGUGCGUGCCCAAAUAGGGCAAAUAUAUUUGAUCCAACCUACGUUACGAAAUGUGCUCGGAAUUGCCCCCUGUACAUGCAACCCGAGCGCUUCGCAUCCCUGCUGACGACGUGGCUGCGUGAAAAAGAUAUUAUUUAA